UCUACACCUCUACACUCGAGGAGAUUCACGCAGCAUCAACCAGUACAUUAUCAUGCCGAGGGAACGCAGACUUCGUGGGAUCAAUUCAAGCGCAGUUCGCCAUCGCAUCAGUUUUGAGGACGAGGAUAUUGACAUUGAGAGUGUGCUUGAGAGGACGAAAACUCGAGUUUUCGAGAUAAUUAGGGAGCAUGCGGCACGGUAUGAUGCAAAUGUAAAGUGGUACAUAGUUUUAAACGUUUUAUUGUAUAAAUUAGUGGUGCUGGAUGACAAGGUUGAUGAGUACUGGGUGUUUCUGGCAAUAAGGACUGGCAUCUCGUGGUCGAGAAAGGCGUUCACAAGCCUCACUCGAGGUUCUCUUGUUAUUCCCGUUGAAACAUGCAAGGUGAAAGAGACUGGUAGAGACUGGGCAUCACUGGCGGUCACCGAGUCCCUCAACUAG